GGAGAUAUGAAGCUGCACAAAUAAAUUAGCAGCAGAUUUAGGGUUCAACCAGGAAGGUGUAGAAGAGUGGAGUUAGUUUUUUUUAGCUCUCGAAGAACAGAGAAAUUCAAUUCAGUUGAACAGAUUCGCCGCGGGAGAGAAAUGUCGGAUUAUGUGCCAAAAGACUUGAUGAUUAAGAUCUUCACAAGGUUACCAAUCAAAUCAAUCCUUCGAUGCAGAAGUGUUUGCAAGUCAUGUAACGGUGUCGUAACUAUUGUGGGUAGUUGUAAUGGGAUUGUGUGCCUUGCUGCUGCCGACCAAUUGAAUUACUUGAAUCAUUUCUACUUUUGGAACCCAUCUAUCAGAAAGCCUGUAGAACUCCCAGAACAAAUUUAUACAUGUGAGAAAUGUGAUACAUAUGCUUAUGCGUUGGGGUUUGGUUUUGAUCAUGUUACCAAUGACUACAAGGUGGUAAGAGUAGUAGACACUUCGUCUCAUCCGUUGCCACCUCAUGUUGAUCUUUAUAAGUUAAGUACUGGUGUUUGGGAAGACAUUAGCCAUGUCUCUCUGUCUUACCUAUUCCUUGCCACUACAUCACAGGCGUAUGUGAAUGGAGCUUCUCAUUGGAUUGCUUCCAAAUGGGAUGUAUUAUCAUUUGUGAAUGUGAUUGUUUUAUUCAACAUGCAUGAUGAGACAUUCUUAGAGAUGAUAUUGCCGAGUAGUUUAAUCAAUGAGUCACGAUCACACUAUGAUGAAAUGUUCCUUUUUGUGUCAGAGGAAUCUCUUUGUUUGGUUGAUAAUAACUAUGACAAAUGUGAACCUAUUGAUAUUUGGAUGAUGAAAGAGUAUGGUGCACCAGACUCAUGGGUGAAACAGUUCAGCAUCCAAAAUAAUCAGUUUGCACAACAUAUUCCUCUUCGUGAUGACAUUUUCUGGACACCUUAUUCUGGAAGCGCUGCUCGAACUGAGCUUGAGAUUGCUAAUGAAUUUCUGAAGCCAAUGGCUAUAAGGAAAAAUGGUGAAAUCUUAUGGGAAGGUAACCGAAGAUUAUUGGUUUCAGUUGAUCAUACAGGUGAAAGGUUUAAAGAUGCUGACAUUGGUAACUCAUCAAAUGAUUGGUGUUACAAUCCACGUUAUGUUAAUUAUUACAAAGAGAGCCUUGUUUUACCUGAUAGAUGGACAAAUAAUUGUGUUGGAGAUGCUUGUGAGGAGUCAUCCAAUUUAUGGAAGCGAGAGCCCAAAGAUAGGAAAAGAAGGAUCUCAAGGGAAAAAUCUAAAUAUAGAAUGCGGAUUGCACCUCUUUUGCACAUGAGUGGAUUGCUUUACGUGUCAAAAAUGAAAGGGAAAUGGUUGCGGAAGAAAGGAAGGAAGAUCAAGCAAGUCAAAGAUCCUUCAUCCAAUUAAUUAGCUAUGUUGCACUUGAAGUCCUUUAGCUCAGGUUCAGUCUCACAAUGAAGACCUCUUUUGAUGUAUUGGAAGGUCAAAGUUUCCAUGAGCCAGAAGUGUAUGGCAUAUUUAAUACUCUAGGGUACUGAAACUCUUUGUUCUAAAGACAGACUGUAAAUACUUGUCUUAAUUACUUUCUUGAUAGAUGUUUGGUGCAUGAUACUUCUAAGGGUUGUGUGUUUAUCUAUCUAAUGUUUGGUGCAUGAUACUUCUAAGGUUUGUGUGUUUAUAUAUCUAUCUAAUGUUUGGUGCAUGAUACUUCAAGGUUUGUGUGUUUAUCUUGGCACCUUGGUUUUUUUAGUAUACUAGAAAACUUUUACAUCGUCUAUUUACUGAAAUUGGAUUUGUUAGAGGAUAUCUGUUGUGUUUCCCCCUUGGGUAGCACCCGUAGCAUAGCUGUUAUUACUCCAAAACAACCAAACAGUAUAUGCUGGAACAGUCUUUCAGGUUAUCUUCAAAUGCCUUGUGAUCCUUCUUCCUUCACCGCAACAUAACGGUUAUUUUAGGGAUAUAGGCAUAACUCACACAGUCUAAUAAACCGUAAUCACAGAUCCAACAAUUGCCUGUCACUACAUAAAUUGAAGUGCACAUUUGCUCUUGGGUGCUAAACUUUUGGAUUAAGAAUGGUAGAAUAGUCUUGGAUUGUGGUUUGCAGACUAACUGAUUACUGUUUCUAGCCAAUUUUUUCGGUAGUAAUUCUAAAGACCACUUAUGAACUGAAUUUAGUUGUCAUGAUCACAUGCCUUUCUUUCUAUUUUGUUGAUCUUACAACAAGUUGUGAUGGGCUUAUCCUCUCUGGUUCCUUCAUCUUCCUCUUCUCUUCUACAUCUUGCUGAUAGGAGUUUAAGUCUUCGUCGUAGCUGAAAUUCCAAUUUCAGUUGCCAUUAACAUGCAGUUGCGCUAGGGUUUCUUUUGAU